AUGCUAGAAGCAAAAGAAGAGGCAGUUAGAAAAGAUGGCGAAUGGUUGGUUAGUGAUGCAGAGGAGAAGAAGAAAAACGAGAGGAGGAGGGCAAUGGCUACAUGGUGGGUUCUUGAUCUUGGUAGAGGGAAAGAUAUGGUUCUUGAGAAGUUAAUAGAAGUGGUGAAAAGGUCCUUGAAAGACGCCAUGGAAGUGUUAAAGAAAAAGAAAUGA